AUGGCUCCAGUUCUGAUUGUUAUGGCAGAUGGAAGAGAACAGGUCUCUUUGAAAGAAGGAACAGUGUAUCUAGGGGUAGACUUAGUUAUGAAAUCUGUCUAUUACGUAGAAGAGUUGAUAUCAGAUUUGAUUUCUGUUGGACAGUUGAUGGAUGAAAACAAAUGUGUUGUUCAGAUGGCUGAUAACUUCCUUGUUGUUCAGGACCACAUUUCGAGGAUCGUGAUUGGAGCGGCUGUCAAGUAUCUCAGGCUCUGGGGUUCGGAUCAUCGUCCGGUCCUAGCACAUGUUCUCAUGAAACCAGUAAGGAGGAAAAAGAAGUUUAAAUUUGACAAGCGUUGGUUGGACAAUGAAGAGCUGAAGCAAGUUAUUCUGGAAGGAUGGAAGUUUGAGGAUCUCCCUCUUGGAGCAAAUAUAAUGGAACAUAUUGCUAGCUGUCGGAAAGCUUUGAGCCAAUGGAGGAGGCAAAACAAUGUGAACUCAGAAAAGUUAGUGGACGAGCUUAAGGAGAAGGAUGAAGAGGGACUAGUAGCCAUUGCUACUAGCUAUUUUAGGCAAAUAUUUGAGUCUUCUAACCCAGAGGAUAUAGCUGAAGCGCUUGCAGAGGUAUCGCCAACGAUUACUGGGGAUGUAAACGAUACACUUACAGCCCCAGUAACUGAGUGGGAGGUCAAAUUAGCUCUGUUUGCUAUGCAUCCAGAGAAAGCCCCAGGACCAGAUGGAGUGACAGCCCUCUUCUACCAGAAGUUUUGGAAUAUUGUCAAAGAGGACUUAACUCGUAUGGUUAAUCAGUUUCUCUUUGAAGGGACAAUGGCACAGGGUCUGAAUGAUACGAAUAUCUGUUUGAUCCCCAAGACAACAAAGCCGAAUGAAAUGACAAAGUUUAGUCCUAUUAAUCUUUGCAAUGUCAGCUAUAAGAUAAUAUCGAAGGUCUUAUGCCAAAGAUUGAAGAAGGUUAUGCCACAGAGGAUAUCUGAGACCCAGAUUCCAACGAAUGAUCGACAACAGAUCAAAGAUACACUUGGAAUUCAAAAGGAAGGAGGAAUGGGAACCUACUUAGGAAUCCCAGAGGAUAUUAGUGGAUCAAAGUGUAAGCUAUUUGCUUUCUUAAAAGAUAAGCUACUACACAAAGUGAAUGGUUGGACUGGGAGAUGGCUGUCAAAGGGAGGAAAAGAGGUCCUAAUCAAAUCUAUAUUGCUUGCUCUUCCGACUUACGUCAUGUCCAGUUUCCUGCUCCUCUUGGAGAUAUGUGAAAACCUAGCAAGUGCCAUUGCACAGUUCUGGUGGAGUUCGAAGCCACCAAAGAGAGGAAUUCACUGGGCAAAAUGGGAGAAAAUGUGUGCGCCUAGAGAGGAGGGAGGAAUUGGUUUCCGUAUGAUCCAUGAAUUCAAUCUACCUCUUCUAGCUAAACAGCUCCGGCGACUUGUUCAAUUUCCGGAUUCAUUAGUGGCAAGAGUUCUUCGGGGAAAAUAUUACCGUAUAAGUUCUCCCUUGCGAACUGGAGCAGUGGAUACCCCAUCGUAUAUUUGGACGAGUAUUAUAGCGGCGAGGAAGCUACUACUAUUGGGUAUCAGGAGCAAGGUGCAUUCCGGAUAUGGAAUUAAUGUAUGGGAGGACCCUUGA